CCGCCUCCGGGGUCAGUGUCCACAAGCUUUCUGGAUCCCAGACCCGCACCUGGGCUUGAGAACCGGGGCGCGCUGUUGCCCCAGCGCCUCCCUCCGAAGCCACCUGAUGGGGACCUCUUCCCAGGACAGAGAGCAUGAAGGCAGGCGCGCGGGAGCCAAGCCUGAACGACAAUCUGAGGGCCGUGGUGUCCGUGCUGGGCUCUUGGCUUCGGGAUCACCCUCAGGAUUUCCGAGACCCCCCUGCCUACUCGGACCUGGGUAGUGUCCGGAUCUUUCUGGGCUGGGCUGCCCCAGGGGGUGAGGAGGCCCAGGAAGCAGAGAAGCUCUUGGAAGAGUUCUUGGAGGAGGCCGAUGGAGAGCAAGAAGAGGAGCAGCCUGCGCUGUGGGCAGGACCUCCAAGGGCCGCCCAGCCCCCCAGACCUUACUCCCCGGAAGGCUUCCCAGAAGAGGAGGGAGGGCCCCGGCGGGAAGGUCCCGAGCUCCUGGACUGCGGAGUGGACGAGGUGGCCGAGCAGCUGACCCUCAUGGACGCGGUGGGGACCCCGACGGUGGCAGGUUGGGGUGCUGUGGGCGGGGGCGCAGGUCACCCUGAGAACCCGUCUCCCCCACCCCAGAAGCUCUUUUCGCGCACCGGCUGCGUGCUGGGUUCGGUGCUCGGGGCCCCCGGCCUGGCUGCCCCGCAGAGGGCGCAGCGCAUCGAGAAGUGGAUUCGGAUUGCUCAGCGCUGCCGGGAGCUGCGGAACUUCUCUUCCCUGCGCGCCAUCCUGUCCGCGCUCCAGUCCAACCCCAUCUACAGGCUUAAGCGCAGCUGGGGGGCCGUGAGGCGGGAACUGCUAUCCACUUUCAGGAAACUUUCCCAGAUUUUCUCCGACGAAAACAACCACCUCAGUAGCAGAGAAAUUCUUUCCCAGGAGGAGGCCACAGAGGCGCCCCAAGAGGAGGACAGCGCCCCGGGACGUGUGCCCUCAAAACUGCGCACAGGUCUUGUCCCCUACCUUGGCACCUUCCUCACGGACCUGGUUAUGCUGGACACAGCCCUGCCGGAUUUGUUGGAGAGCCACCCUCCCCAGGAGUGGGAGAUCCUGGCCCGAAUCCAGCAGCUUCAGCGGCGCUGUCGGAGCUACAGCCUGUGCCCCCGCCCACCCGUCCUGGCCGCCCUGCGAGCCCAGCACCAGCUCAGCGAGGAACAGAGCUACCGACUCUCCCGCGUCAUCGAGCCCCCGGCAGCCUCCUGCCCCAGCUCCCCCCGCAUCCGGCGCCGUAUCAGCCUCACCAAGCGGCUCAGUGCGAAGCUGUCCCGGGAGAAGAGCGCGCCCCCUGGUGGGAGUCCCGGGGACCCUUCGUCGCCCACCUCCAGUCUGUCCCCGGGGUCCCCCCCAUCCAGUCCCGGAGCCAAGGACCCUCCUGUCGCCGGAAGUCCCCCCGACUCUCCAGGGCUCCAGGGCCCCUGCACCGAGCUGCCCCAGAACCUGGACGUAUCUGGCCCCCGGGCCCCAGCAUUGCCCCCAAGCAGCCCACGAGUUCCCCUCGGGCAGCAGAGCUCAGAGGCCCGAGUCAUCCGCGUGAGCAUCGACAACAGCCAUGGGAACCUGUACCGGAGCAUCCUGCUCACCAGCCAGGACAAAGCCCCCGGUGUGAUCCAGCGGGCCCUGGAGAAGCACCACAUGGUCCAGCCCCAGGGCUGUGCCUACCAGCUCUUCCAGGUCCUCCCUGGGGACAGGGAGCUCCUGAUUCCGGACAACGCCAACGUCUUCUACGCAAUGAGUCCGGCUGCCCCCGGAGACUUUGUGCUACGGAGGAAGGAGGGAGCUCGGCCUGUGGCCUCUGUCUCCCCAGCCUGAGUGAGCCCUCUCCUGCCUCCAGCCCAGAGCCCCAUGGCUUCUGUCACCAUGGGAGGGGGGUUAGGGACGCCAUUGUAUGCUGUGCUGU